AGUAGAUAGCACUUAGGCACCAGCUGCGUGAAGUAUAAGUCAAGUAUUAACCAGCUGUCCCUUGUUUUAGUGUAUAUAGACAAGGAAGGUUAACCACCAUGCAUCUCACCUUACCUCUAUUGUUGUGCCUGGUGGGGGUGAGCACCGUGCUAGGCCGGAGACGUAGAGGCAGUGGCUUCAUGUACCCUCCCAAGCACCUACUUGAUGCCUCACACCUUCCCCCUGCCCAAUGGUUCACUCAGGUCCUCGACCACUCCGAGCCUGCCGACACACGAACAUGGCAACAGAAAUAUUAUACGAAUGACUCUUUCUAUAAGCCCGGAGGACCUGUUUUUCUUAUGAUCUGUGGAGAAGGACCAGCUGACCCUUGGUGGGUGGUGGGGGCAUAUUGGGUCAACUAUGCCAGGGACCAUAAUGCCUAUAUGUUAUUCCUUGAGCAUCGAUUCUAUGGCCAGAGCUACCCUACUGAGGAUGCGUCUGUAAAAAACUUGGCUUACCUGACCACUGAACAAGCUCUGGCAGAUGUGGCAAACUUUAUCGGGGGUAUGAAAGAGAGUCUUGGUUUUGAGGAUAACAAGUGGAUAGCUUUUGGUGGAUCUUAUGCCGGGGCGCUAGCUGCCUGGGUCCGCCUCAAGUACCCGCACCUGAUACAUGGAAGUGUUGCAUCAAGUGCUCCUGUUGAAGCCGAGGUUGAUUUUACACAAUACCUGGAGGUGGUCCGCGACUCUCUGGCCACUGUGAGUGAAGACUGUAACACACAGAUCAAAGAGGCUCACCAGCAGCUGGACCUGUUGCUGGUGGACCAAACUGGCUGGGACACCAUCACCACUAUGUUCAAGUUGUGUUCACCUCUGAAUGGGAAAAACACCGACGAUGUGUCCAAUUUGUUUACCUAUCUAACGGACAAUGUGGAAGAAGUUGUUCAGUACAACAGAUACGAGGACAAGAUCAACAUUAAUACAAUAUGCGACAUAAUGUUGAACGGGGAAGGAGACGCUAUAGACAGAUAUGCAGACAUCAACUCUAUGAUCUUAGAAGAAUAUGGAGAGUUAUGUUUAGAUCACACUUACGACGCCAUGAUUAAAGAACUUCAAGUUACCAGCUGGGAGGGUAACGAGGAUGUUGGAGGUCGUCUCUGGGUGUAUCAGACAUGCACGGAGUACGGGUACUAUCAGAGUUCAGACUCACCAAACCAGCCAUUUGGAGACAAGUUUCCCGUCGAGUUCUUCAUCAAACAAUGUGCGGAUAUUUAUGGCCCUAAGUUCGACUUAAGUCUCCUAGAGGCAGGUGUCAAGAGAACAAACACAAUCUUCGGUGGACGUGACCUGAAGGUGACAAGAGUUGUCUUCCUCAACGGCUCUAUCGACCCCUGGCACGCCCUGGGCAUUACUUCCGACCUCAACCCUGAUGCCCCAGCCAUUUAUAUUAAUGGAACAUCUCACUGUGCCAACAUGAGCCCCGCCUCUCCUGGCGACCCACCACAGCUGACAGCGGCGAGGGAGGUGGUGAACCAGCUUAUCACUGAGUGGUUGCAGGAGUGAUGCAUCUGUCAUCUCUCCUGAGUGUGUUAAUGGCCAUUGAUGGACGAGAAAACAUUUUAUUCUACUAAAUAAAACUUCCCAAAGAACACUAAA